GGCAGUCACUGCGAGUGUUACGGGCGUAUUUCUAACAAUGACACGGAUAACCUUGUUUCUGUGUAUAGUAGCGGUAACGGGAGGGUUGGCGCAGUUGAUUCCGGGAGGAUAUACAGAGACCAGGAAAGUCGACCGCCAGACAAGGAAGAUUGUUAUUACUGUGAAGAGAGACAUCGUGAGCUGGUUGGGGGAUAAGUACAUCCGGAUCGGAGAGUUCAAGCCCCUCCUCUACAGAUCACAGGUAGUGGCGGGAACCAACUAUCUAGUCAAGAUAAGUAUCGGCUAUGGGCGUUAUAUCCAUGUCAUCAUUUACCAACAUUUCUCCGGUAAUCCAACCCAAGUAACGGGGAUCCAGACAGGAAAAACUUUGGCGGAUCCACUAGAAACCUUCUAACUCAAAGGAAUAACAUUGGCGGAUCCACUGAAAACCUUCUAACGCAACGGGAAAACAUUGGCAGAUCCACUAGAAACCUUCUCACUUAUAGGGAAAAACUCGGCGGAUCAUUGGCGGAUCCACUGCGAUAUAUUCUUACUGACAGCUAAAAACUUUCAGAGAACCUCAUGGGAUUCACUUUUAACCAUCUAGAGUAUAAUGAGAAAUGUAUUCGACCAAAAAUCAUUGAGUAAUUAACAUGAAAAUACAUAUUACUGAUUUAAAAAAAAAUGUUCUCUUUUUCUUCGAAUGUCCUUACAUUAUUUAAUAAACGUAAUUGGCAAAACAUAAAAUAAACAAAAUAUAAACAAAAAGGUUGCUUUCAUUUGUGUAUAAUAUUUUAUUACAAAAUCUGAUUUCAUUUUCAAACUAGACAAGGUUGCAACAUAUAAAAUUGAAACCGCACACAUCAUAAUAUAAAUCACAAAAUUGUUUGCCUUUUUUAUUUUCGUCAAAAAAAACCCAUGUUACAAUGAUGACUUCGCCAUGUACAAUGUAACGAAUUUAGGCGAUUACGCAAUAAGCACUUAUGAGGCCGUGUUAUACCGAUGU